AUGUCUGAGACAGUCUCCAUCGAAGACCUGGAGGUUCGCAGAUUCGUGAGAGAGUUGCAGAAAAAGGAUUCACCUCUUCGCAUUGACUGCACGAAGGCCAUGAUGUCCUUUCACGAUGAACAGAGAGACGCCGAGUUCAAACGGGUCCUCAAGAAGCACAACUAUGAGCUUCUUUCGAUAGAGAAGUUGGUGGAACUUUUAAUGAAUCCUCCACAGGAUCUAAUCGCCCCCGUCGAUAAGACUAUUGAAAGCAAACCCAUGAUCGAUUUGGGUUUCUUUGCAGGUGUCUAUUUUAUCACCUCUCCACCCUGGCCUUCAAUCAGAGAGAUUACGCAGCUUGUCGUGGAGGACUACUGUAUCUCUUGGAUGGAGAACAGUUCAAAAAAAGCAUUCAAGCCUACGGUAACGGUGCACGAGAAGGUCGCUUUCGAUGGGAGGAAAAAUUCGGAGUAUCAGGUAGAGUGGGGUGACAAGGAAACGGAAUGGUUUUCAGCACGAUUUUCGACGCAAUUUGACGACUCGACGAAGAAGUUUAAGCAAAUGUUCUUAGGAUUUCGGAAUAUUCAGGGUGGGAUGCAAUGGCCGUUCGGCGGUAUUCGGUCAGACAAGGCCAUUUAA